AUGACUCAACAAGAAUUACUUUCCCCCUCGCAAUGCUUAUCCAAGGGGAGGAGUAUGUCGCUACCAAAAAUGUUUGCGCGUAAUUUGAAAUCUGUUCAUGGUAAUUUAUCUGGUAGCAAAAAUAUUAAUUGUGGUGGCUCAAGUUACAAUCCUUGUUCGUCCACAAGCUCAAACCCACAAAUUACUACGACACGUAAUGAAAACCAACAGGACCUUCACGUCCCCCUUUCAGCGCAUGUAGAAUGCAACGACAGUUGGUCCAGUUUUAAGUUCAAUAAAUUUAAAUCAAUGUUUCACCAUAACAGGUCAAAGGGCUGUGAUAUUCCCAAUGAACUAGCUUUAGAAGAAGGUACAGACCAGAGCGAGCAACCCUUAAAGGUAUCUGUAGAACAACUGCAAAUCUCCACUAACAGUGAGGUCAGUGCCGAAAAUACCACCAGUAGUACGUUCAUAAUUAAUGAGAAUAUAUGCAUUACACCCAAUGUGAUCUCUAAAAGCUCUUCUCCGGAUGCGGAAUUGUCUACUUUUGACAUGUCCACAGAUCCGUCAUCCUUCCACACUCCUAGUUCCCCGAGUUAUAUUGCAAAGGAGAGUAGAAAUCUGAGUAAUGGUUCUUUGAAUGAUAUUAAUGAAGACGAAGAGCUCCAGCACUUCCAUGGAAAGGUCAGCGAAAGUUGCAAGGCCUCACCCAUAGGUCACUUUCCCUUAUCAAAUUUCCCGACUGACAGCCUGAGGGGAAAUAACGGAAGUAAAAUGGAUCAAGUACCUACAGACACAACACCACGUUUAAGAAGGGCUGCUUCUGAACCCUUCAAUACGGAAAAGAAUGAGUUAUUACACGAAAACUACAUCGCUUUAAAACAGCCUCCAAAUUUGGGAGAUAUCAUAGAACCUAAAAGAUCCCAUCGUUUAAGAACUAAAUCUUUUAGUAACAAGUUUCAAGAUAUCACCGUCGAGCCUCGAUCUUUCGAGAAGAUUAGAUUGCUGGGCCAGGGCGAUGUGGGUAAAGUAUAUUUAGUGAGGGAGCGUGAUACCAACCAAAUAUUUGCCCUAAAAGUUUUGAGUAAACAUGAAAUGAUCAAAAGGAAAAAAAUUAAGCGCGUUCUUACUGAACAGGAAAUUCUAGCAACAAGUGAUCAUCCAUUUAUUGUAACAUUGUACCAUUCUUUUCAAACUGAAGAUUAUUUGUAUCUCUGUAUGGAAUACUGCAUGGGAGGGGAAUUCUUUAGAGCUUUGCAGACAAGAAAAAGUAAAUGCAUAGCUGAAGAAGAUGCAAAAUUUUAUGCCAGUGAAGUAGUAGCGGCUUUGGAAUAUCUGCACCUGCUAGGCUUCAUAUAUAGAGACUUAAAACCUGAGAAUAUACUAUUGCAUCAAUCAGGUCAUGUUAUGCUUUCAGAUUUUGAUUUAUCUAUCCAGGCAAUAGGGUCAAAAAAUCCUACUAUGAAAGAUUCUACGUAUUUAGACACAAAAAUCUGUUCAGAUGGAUUUAGAACCAACUCAUUUGUAGGUACUGAAGAGUACUUAGCUCCAGAAGUAAUCAGGGGGAAUGGCCAUACAGCAGCAGUAGAUUGGUGGACUCUAGGAAUAUUAGUUUACGAGAUGUUAUUCGGAUGUACUCCAUUUAAAGGAGUUAAUUCGAAUGAAACUUUUUCUAACAUUUUAGCCAAGGAUGCCAAAUUUCCUCACGGUAAGGAGGUAUCAAAAAAUUGUAAAGAUUUGAUUAAAAAACUAUUGAACAAAAACGAGACAAAAAGACUUGGUUCCAAGUUAGGAGCAACAGACAUAAAAAGACAUCCAUUUUUCAAGAAAGUUCAAUGGUCGUUCUUAAGAAACCAAGAUCCCCCCCUAAUACCGGCAUUAAAUGACAACGGUUGUGAACUCCCUUCUAUUUUAUCUUGCAAUAAACACUCUAAAAAUAACCCUGUAAGCAAACAAGAAACCAAAAUGUUUUGCGAGAAAGUUGCAAAUGAUGACGAAAUGGAUGAGGCCGAUCCGUUUCAUGAUUUCAAUUCCAUGAGUUUAACAAAAACAGAUGAUAAUAUUUUAACAUACUCGGAGAAUCAUACUUAUGGCAAAGUUUUAUACAAAGCAAGUUGCACAAGAUCAAGGCAUAACAAUUCUCAUAGAAGUUUCUUUAAAGUCAUAAUACCUGAACUAUAA